AGUAUUUUUAAAUUGAGAAUAAAUAUGACACUUUACCAUUUUGGAAACUGUUUAGCCUUAGUUUAUGCUCCAUAUCAUAUGGCUUACAAAAUUUCUGGAAUUUCUGAAUACGCAACGUUCUCAAAAUGUGUGUACUCUGGAGGACUAUAUAUUUUCACACAGUUAUGCAAAAUGCUUCUUUUAGCUACUUUCUUCCCGGAUUCUGACGUUAAUCAAGUUGGAGAAUACAAUGGAUUUCUCGAAAUCCUUAAAUCAACAGUGGAUUUGGCCGAUUUACUGGGCUUGUACUUUGCAAUAAACGCAAUCCCUGGUAAAGGCCAUGCAAAGAUUUUAACAGCAGCUAUAGGCUGGGCGAGUGCUGAGGUGCUGGUGACACGCAGCAUACUACUUUGGGUCGGAGCAAGAGGUUCGGAGUUUGACUGGCGUUAUGUACGAUCAUGUGCGGAGUCCAAUGUAGCGCUGUUGCAACACGCCUCGACUGCCGCCCUUGUGUGGCUCUGGACUCGCAGCGAUUUGCCGCGCAAAUACACCCCACUUGUGAUAACGCUUCUGGCAUUAUCCCCGUACAGAAGCUUACUAGAAGAAACAGUAGCGAGCAUUAUGGCUCUGAGUGCGUGGGCGUUACUCGCGUUACGUGCAAUUCAUGCGUCCAUUGUCGGUCUUACGACUCUCGGCAUAUAUGCAGUAUUAGCUCAACAGAUUGGUAUAUAAUUCCACCAUAAUAAUAAUAAUAAUAGUAAAUUAUUAUUUAUUAUAUUAGUAUUUUAAAAUAUGUUUUAUAAAUUUGUCAUGUAAAAGUUUACUAUUCGUAUUUGCCUUUUGUUCCUUUUGUUAAGACAUAAUUUUUUCAUGUUUUAUCAAUCCAUUUACCACACACGUUUUAUUAUUCUAUUUACCUGUAUUAGUACUUUCUAGUAACUUUUACUGUUAUUUUAGGAAAACAACGUUUCAAUUGAAUAAUAUUAAGGAUUCAUGGAAUUCAGAGAGAGCCAUAGUUGUGUCGGUUUCAUUUAGUACUUCUUUAAAUGUAAGAUAUGAAAUACAGUCAUAAUAUUUAUACAGGUUUUCAUUACAAAAAU